CAGUCGAUCCGCGAAGUGCUCUCAAAGUGGUGCGAUAGUUGUGUGCAAGACAGAAACUGCGAGUCGUUGAACGAACCCGCACCGUGAAACACGCGAUUUUGUCGAGCCAAAAAGCAAUAGAACACGCGCUCCAUUCUCUCGACGAUUCGUUCGGUUUCCUCGAGAGGAAUUUCUUUCCUUGUGAAAUUCACGUCGGAAAUUCAACCGGCACGCCUCAACGAGACCGACCGCAUCGUCGUCCCGUGAACAAAUGUGCGUUCACGUUGCAACCGACGGAUAAGUAUCAACGAGAACAUUAGAAACUCAAUCCUUUCAUCUGGCAACGAGGAUCCAACGUAGCGUACGAGAAUGGCGACCACGAAAUGAGCGUCUCCCCGCAGAACAAGCAAGCCAGCCUCGAGAUGGAUACGCCACUCGAGGACAAUAGCCUUAAAGUGUCGUCGGUGCAUAACGUGGCGAGACAGGAUUCAGGAGUACCGGAGGACCUGGCGUCGCCCGUGGGCGACACCAGCAAGCUGUUGGACGAGGAGGAUCCGGACGGCACGAUGAACAGCAGCGACUGCAACAUCACCGUGAUCCACGUGACGGAGUCUGAGUCGCACAAAGCCGAUCAGAGCAGCGACAGGAAGGAUUACGCGGUCGAGGGAAAGGACAGCAAGGACGGCAGCGACAGCGGCGUGGAGGGUUGCGCCACCGAGGUUCCCAGGGUCCGUAGUCGGAACAGUAUAGAUUACGCGAGCAGUUGCGGCGGCCUGGACGAAGCGUCCUGCGACUCCAGCCUGGUGAGCUGUUGCUCCGUGUACGAGGACCCGUGCGCCACGUUGCCCGACGACGUGAGACUGACCACCGGCGGCGAGGGCACCAGCGAGGGCGGCAGCGAGAGUUCCUCGAUCGCGGGCAGCGUGUCGGUCCGCACGAGCAGAACGAACACCAAGAGGACGGUGGCCGCGUCCAACGUGGGGAAGAAGAAGACCGGCGCGACGGAGGCGCAGAAGACCAGUCGCGGGAAACCGGUGGCGCCCGUCAGCACCACCUAUCUGUCGACCACACCGCGCUCGAAACCACGCACCGUCCCACCGCGGAGCAUCCUGAGCAAGACGCAGCCGGUGACGAGGGACAGGGCCAGAUCGCGGGAGAAAUCGACGGUGAAAGAAGGCACCUGCGACAACACACCGACCAGUAGCCGUGUGUCGACGUCGUUCCGCUCCGGGACGGUCACCAUGCCUCCGCGAACGAGGACGAGACCGAUCCCGGACUCACUGCCAUCAGCGUUGACCACGGAGAUAAACAAAGACUUGGCGCAGCGGGGACGCGGUCCUGGCGGGAGCUGCAGGUCCAGGGGAGGAUCCAGUACGCGGGGCGCGCGCACACCGAGCUCCACGCCGUCCGAGGAGGUGCGGAAACCUCUGUGCGCGCCCAGGGUACCGUACACUGGUCGCACGGAGGCUGGCAGAGCUGGUAAACUCGACAAAUCGACCAUCAGCGCGGACAACAAGGCUCUGGACACGUACGCCACGCUGCCCAGAAGGAACAGGACCAAGAUCAGCAUUCCCAAGAUCGGCGAGAAGACGGACAAGGUCACCAGGAGCAGGUCCGGCAGCAGAGACGCCAGUCUGAGCAGGCAGAUGGAGAGGAAGAUAGCUGGAAAGGAGUCCGCCGUUCACAAAAGCCUGCCGCCUUAUCCUAGACACAAAACCGCGGAGAAGACGCGUAUUUAUCACGAGACCAGCGUGCAAACUGGUUUGACCGGUCAGGAUAUUGAGAACGCGUUGUCCGGGGUGCCGAGCGCCAUCGCGGGACCGGAAGUGGUCGAGAGACUGCACGAGGGCUGUCAGACGGAGGGCACGUGGGAGGACAUGCAUACCAUGCACACAGAUCUGAAGCGGCUGAACGAGGAGACGUCCUGUCAGAAGGAGGAGAACGAGAAACUGAAGGCUGAGAUCACGGAGGUGAAACGUCUGCUGGAGGAAGAGCAGGCAGAUCAUGCGUUCGCGAGGCAGGAACUGGAUAGGAACGCGCAACGGGUGCUGGCGAUGCUGGGGACCCCGCAAUCCGAGCAAGCAGAGGGCAGCGACAGUUUCCUGGAGCUUGAGUGCCAUUUGCAGUCUUCCGGCCAAGUGGUCGCUAAUCAGCAGUUGGAAAUAGCGGAUCUUCAGUCUUUGUGCCGCAUGUUGAGUAGGGAUUUAGAGAAGAGCCUGGCCGCCCAGAAGGCGUUGCUGCAACAGCAACAGGAAUUAGAGGCGGAAUCCGCUGAGAUGCAAGACUUCCUUCAAGAAGAGAAAGCUACUCUGGUGGAUGCUCUGAAAGAGGCGGAAACGGAGCUUUCGAAGAAGGAGGAGAUGCUGACGAAACGCGAAGUGGAAUUGGAACGGCAGACGGAGGAGUGCAAGCAUCUAGUGCGAAUCAGUGAACAACGACGACAAGAGAAUUUAUCUAUGAGCAUGAAAUUGAAUGCAGUCGAACGACGAAGCAGGGAACUGCUGCUCACGCAAGGCGCUGCUGUUUCCGGCGCUGCAGUCGCGCUUUCCGGUCUGGGGACCAGGCUGGAAGGACUCGUGGACCAAUUGAUAACCUCCUACAAUAUCUCGGUGAAAGAUCUCGAGGACGUGAUAUAUCAUAACGAGGCGUACAGCAGAAGCAACAGCAGCAUCGAGUCGAGUCCCGUCAGUUCGAAACAUAGUCUGAAAGAGUGUACUCCUAGUCCAAAGAGCGGGUCCUUCGUGUCGGCGGUAAUUGGGGCCAUCCGGAACGCGGCAACGCAUCCUUUCGCAACGAGAAAUACGGAUAAGAAGCCUACGUUGGAGACGGCCAAACAGAUGUACAAAGAAUUGAGCAUGGAGUCGUCGUCCGAUUUGCUCGAUUUCGAGACCGAGCCGUGCUUGAUGAUGGAGAGCGUGCUGGAAGAUGUUCCCCUGCCCGACACGUACUCCCACAACAUGGUGUCGAGCAGCGAUUCACUGCGCAGAGCUCUGAGCUUUCCCGAGACGGUGGACGAGAGCAAUCUAAAAAAGACCCGCAUCAACGACGAGUGCUCCAGUCUGACGAAUCUCACGCAGGCGAUUCUGCAUCGUCGCAAGGUGGAGAACGAGGAGGACGAUGAUUGCGAUUCGAUUAGCGAAUCUGACACUGGCACCAACGAUGGUCCGCUGGCUUCGGAUUAUUGUCCCGCCGUUGGUCUUGUUGAUCAAGUAAUCGACGUAGAUAAUCUUGUUACUAAAUUGUUAAAAGUGCUGCGUAUCAUACAGCUAGAUAACGAUACGUGUAUACAGGAACUGAAAGAGGAGAAAUCCGAAUUAGAAACGAAAUUGGUGGUAACCGUUACGGAAUUAGAGGAGCUGCGUAAGAUAGUGGACAACCUCCAUCAGUCCGAAGAGAUUUUAAACAAUACCUCGGACAGAAGGCGCAGCGUGAUGGAAAAUUGCCGUCUGCUGAUCAAAGAGGCGGGUAAGGAGGAAUUAAAAUUUCACGAGCCCGCAGUUGCUAAUAAUAGUGGCCCUGGAGAAGCUACAGACUGCGAAGAUCUCAACGCAAACGCAGCCGCUCAACUUCCUUCCUAAACGUGUUUCCUCGUCUUUAUUUUUUUCUUUUUUUUUUUUUAUCAUUUUCGACGAUGUACGUCCAUAACCGAGUCUCUGAUAUCGUUUGCAUAUAACUGUUCGUUGAUGCUCGAGCGAAAUCCACGUCGAAAUAUUCUAACGAUCUUGUCCGCUAGAGUUAGCACGCAAGAACUUGGUUCUUCGUCGAAACACAGCCAACGUGAUUUGGUAAUACCAUAGUCGAAACGCUGCAGGCAUUUUUGCGUGUGUCGGGAGUCAUGUACAGCUUUCUUCGUUCCGUCAUAAUGGCAGGUAUAUUCGUGCGCAUCGCUUUUAGUAUUUUAUCGUUGACUCGUGUCGUUGUAUAUAACAGACAAAGCCUCUAUAAUUUUUGAAGCUGAAUAAGUAGCGUAUGAUCACGAGACAGGAACGUGGCCGCGCGUACGCGCGUAAUUUGAAUCAUACUUUUCAAUCAUUAUCGUUUCGCGUAACGUUAAAUUAAGGGUUAGUUGUCCCGCGUUAGAAUUAAUUGCGGUUAAUUGCUUAAUGCGUAGAUCGAAUCAAGGAAUAACUUUAAUCGUGACUAACGAAUGAAUUUCUCGUGCCCCACCGAGUGCAUUUCAUCGUGCUGUAACCACGAUGUACAUUUUUGAGAGUAUUAAUUCCUCGUGUACUAGGGAAGCGAUUAUAGAAUUUAAUGUACCUUAACGGAUUCAUUGAAGUUCGCUUCUUCGUUCGAAUAUUGAAAAAAAAAAAAAAAAAAAAAACACGUGUAAUCUUCUAAUGUGAAAUACAGGGUACAUUAGUUUUACGGUACAACAUUAUCAUCGCGAGGAUUGGCAUUGUAUUGACGAAUGGGGAAUCCGUUGUCGAUAUUUGUGAAUGUCCUUACAUUUUUCAUCGGUAAUUAUAAUUGUUGAGGCAUCUUUCGUUGGAAACGUUUAUCAAAUGGGAUAGUUACCCCGCGAGCAUUGAGAAUGUAAAGGAAAAAGAAAACAACGUUACACAGAGCUGCUUUCUAUUUUAAUGGUGAGAUAUAUUUGAGAAAACAUAUUCUUGUACACGGUUCCACGAUUCACAAUUAUUCGUCAUGUGAGUUGAGACGAUGUAUAUAAGCGACCAUUGUGAAACUUACUUUGUAUUCUAAUGCGUUCCAAGGAUCGCUUUUUAAAAAGUUUCUUUCUCCUUUGAAGUACAAGUUACUUACUAUAAAAACUGUAUCUGUAAAGUCCGUGUGAAAGUGAUCGUUUUUUCCCCCCCUCUUCGCCCUCCCAUUUUUUGUUUUUUUUUUUUUUUUCUUUCAACGACAUAAACGAUUCCACCCAGAUGACGUGUAUUCUGAGGAACAUAGUCCUAAGCAUUUUUUAUACAAAAUAUUGUGAUGAUAUACCAAA